ACCGAGAGCCAGAGGCAGAGUGAAAACACACUGGAUUCAAGCGUGCUGAAUGAGAACGCAGAGAGAAAGUCUGCUCAUUCACAACACAAACGCAGGAAGCUGGAGAGGAAGCAGAGAGAGAGGAGGAUCUGCAGGUUUAAUAGGAGUCAUUCGGAGGAGCGGCAGCACUGAAGCAGAUCCUCCACGGCUCCACAGAUGCCACACACUCCCUCAUCCCUCAGAGGAAACCAGCGGGCUCCUGGGGAAGGGGGUCCGACAGAUGUGGCGGCCCCUGCGCGGGGCCCUGGGCUCGGCCCGCAGGUGUCUGGGGGUGAAGGUGUGCCGGAGGAGCGCGCUGCUAGUGGUCCUGCUCUGGCUGGCCUCCUGGAUCUUCCUCAAUGGCCUGGUGUUCGUCCACAGGAACAUGUUCUCUGACUUCUGCACUGAUGACAAGAGCAAAGAGAUCCUGCAGAGGGUGUGCGACGAGUAUCAUCAAGGAAUCCUGACCGGCGACCUUUGCGAUGACCUCUGCGUGUCAGGUCGAGUGGAGUACAAACGCUGCCUCUAUUAUGAGAACGGCAAGAAAGUGAUGGCGGCCAGCUGGCGUGGCCUACCCGUGGUCCUGAAGUCAAAGCUUGAGAACUUCUCUUCCUACGAGGCUCUUUCUCUGCUGGACUACCCGGAUGGAGGAGCCGGUGGUGGUGAGGAUGAACUCUCUCCUCUGGAUGUGGUUUUCUACGCCACCCUGGAGAUCAAAAACUCUCUGGGUCUGGAGACGGGAAAUAAUCUGACUUUACCACGUCUGUGGGGUCAGCGGUUGAAGGAGAGCGAGCGGAUGUACUCGCGGGCGGAGCUGGCCUCGCUCUGGGCUCUGCUUCAGCAGGAGGAGUACACCUUCCUCAGGGUCCUGCAGGAUUUAACAAACCAUGUGGCCAAGAUCUUGGGCUCCUGCGGACAUUUCUAUGCUGUGGAGUAUUUGGCGGCAGGACAUGCGUGGGAUCAGCAUAUCUUCUCUUUGGACGAGCUAACGUUGAGUCCUUCGCCGAGCACAUUCUCGGUGAAAGAAAUGGUGCCUCGGGUGGCUUUGAGCUUUUUGGAGAUGGUGGAGCAUUUUGAGAAUGAUUUUUCCCACCGUUUGCAUCUCUGUGAUAUCAAACCAGAGAACUUUGCCAUCCGGAAGGAUCUGACGGUGGUGGCGAUAGAUGUGGACAUGGCUUUUUUCGAGCCCAAAAUGAGAGACAUACUUGAGCAGAACUGCACCAGCGACAGCGACUGCAACUUCUUCGACUGCAUUUCAAAGUGCGACAAAACGAAAAACAGAUGUGGAUCAAAACGCAGAAACAGUAACCUUCAGGUGAUCUGUGAGAAGAUCUUUAGGCCGUGGUUUUCUCCCACACUGCUGGGGGCUAAAGCAGGGCUCCCCCUACAGGUGGAGCUGCAGCGUGCAGUGCAGGAGUGCGCAGAGAUGGAGGAUGGCAAGCGCCGGCGGGACAUCAGACAGCAGCUGUACGCUCUCCUCCAAGAGCUCGUCCGGGAGGACACGGGGCACCCGGGUGGAGGACAAGAACACAAGAGGAGACGCGUCCAUACUGCACUUAAUUUCUGAACUCUUGAAAGAGCUAAUUCAGUCA